CACAAGAAAGAUACUCAGCGACAGAGUUAGAAUUAUUAGCUGUCAAAUGGGCAGUAGGACAAUUUCAUGUAUAUUUGCUUGGAAAACCUUUUACCAUAAUCACGGAUCAUCAACCACUUAAAUAUCAGUUCAGCAACCUUCAGUUAAAUACACGAAUGCAAAAAUGGUUAAUACAUCUACAACAAUAUGACUUCAAAAUUGAAUAUAGUCCAGGAAGUGCACAGAAGCAUGUCGAUCACCUUUCAAGACCAACAG